AUGAAAUAUGAAAAAAAGGGGCAAGUUUUGAACCUCUCCUUUUUCACCCUAUGGUUGGUAAUUUUCUUAAAAAAUAUAAAUGCUAAUAUACGCAUUUCUGAUUUUACUUACCCGAGUGAGAAGGCCGUCCUUAAUGCGGAACAGUUUGAAACUGAAUAUAUAUCCAUUUUGAAGUUGGAAAAUGAUGGCAAAGCAGCGCCCGACUUUGAAAUUACUGAUCGUUACCUAAUUUCUAAGGACAAGACAGACCAAAAUUGUUAUGCACCGAAUGAUGAUCAUGGAAAAGUACUCAUAAAAAAAAAUGAUAAAAGCAAGUUUUUAUUUGUACAAAAGCAGAAUGAGGAAAUCUUCAUUAAGGAUCGAAAUUAUAAGUGCUCACUUGUAUCCUCUCUUGAGAAAAAAGAUCCACAGCAACAAAUAGUUCAAGAGAAUUAUGAGAAGAUAAAUGUGGGAGAGCUAGCCAAUUGUGACGAUAAUAACACCAAAAAAUUCGUAGAUUAUUUUAACCUCUUAGAUAUCUUCUUCAUUUCGGAAAAUGAAAAAUGUGAAACUGUUUUAAAAACACCAUUAACGAAAAGUGUGCAAGUAAUAAAAUGCGUAGGCUACAUUGGGCAUAUAACAAAUUUUCCUGAAUUAAAGGAUAGCACCUAUUUCAUCUGCUUCAAAACGAAUGAUUUAACUUUACUAAUUAGUACCUUCAUGGCGGAUAAGACAAUUGCUAAUAAUACAUUUUACUGCACUUUCGAUAAUCCAGUCUGCCCCAUAACGAUUGGUAUCAGCCUUUUUAAUAAUAUACCAGAUAUAAUGGAUAAUACGUUGGUACUUAAACCAGACUGCGCAGAUAUAAGCACUCCUAUCUACAAGCAUAAUCACGUGCUUAGUGAAGAUCAUUAUACCUUCUUUUUUACGAAUAAUGAAAAGGCAUACUAUCGCCAUAUAUGCAUACUGAAGGAUAUGAAAUACGAAAAGGUGGGUAUCCUAUUUUUUAUAGAGACAUAUAUACCCAUUAUAUGUUUUAUAGGCUCAGAGUGCGUAAUAAGAGCAUACACCGCUAAGGACAAAUUCCAAUACAUUCUGAAUAAUGUAGAAAGCACCACUUUUUCAUGGUCCCGAACCACCUGUAAUAAUAGGACCAUGGAAAAGAAUGAUAUAACAACCUAUCUAAAAGAAGAAGGCGGAUAUUUAUACAUAAUUAGUGAAAAACAUUUAAUUCAAGAAAACAUUUUGUGUAUAAAGAACAAUACAAAAUUACGUGACUUACUAUCCAUAGAGUUAGUGGACAACCCUCAAUACAACAUAUACUAUUCGCUCAUUAACUCUGUAAUUAAAAACAACCCGUGGCAGAAUAUUAAAUAUAAUAACUACUCUGGCCCAUAUGUUAAAUAUGAAUGUUCCCACGAAGAAAUAGCCAUGAAUGAAUAUGGAAUUUUGAAAAGUAAUUAUGAUAAUGAGUUUAUAUAUAGGAAUCAGGAAUUAAAUUUUAACAUAGAUUUUAAUGCUCUUACUAUGAGGCUAUGUGUGAAGCAAAUUAAUUAUAUUGACAUCGGUUCUGUCAGAAUUGAACAGCUAUUUGGCUUUAAGGUUAAUAACCUAGAUCCUUUAGAAGUCAGCGCCAUUGUAUCAUUAUAUAAUGGAGACAUAAACACGAGACUUCUAAAAUUCGCCAUAAAAGAGGAUGAUGAAUGUAGUUCGAGUAACGGUUUUUUUAUACAUUCUAGGGGUAAUUAUCCUAAGGAAAUCUUUCACAAUAAUAUUAUUGUAGAUGCAAGAGCAGAGUACCAAGUGGGAAAGGAAAUCAAUUUAUAUAAACCCAGGUACUACGUAUGCAUGUGCUCGCUUGCAAAAAACUGUAACGAAAGGGAUGGCUUAAGUAUCUACGAUUUGUACACAAAUAUUUAUAUUGACAAUGAAAUAAUACCGCCAGAGAAAAAAAAAUAUGUCUGUGAGUUGUUUUCCCCUUGUAACUUUACUGUGAAAUUCGAGUCGGACAACGUUUCAAACCAGUGGGUAGCAAAAGUCGGAACUUCCUGUAGAACGUACGUAUUCGCAGAUAUAGAAAUUCAGUCGCGAAAAAAUGAUAACUUAAGUAACGACGCUUCCAACAUAAUCGCUGUUGACUUUACUAUAUUCUACAACGUCAGUCAGAUGAACAGUAACAUACUAAAUGAAGACUUGGUUAUCUGUGGAAAUUACAAAGAUCAGAAAUUUACCUUUUCCAUAAAAUCACAUUUAUUCUUUACCUAUAUUACUAGUCCGUACGAAAAAUUCGAAAUAAGAAAUAUCGAAUAUGAAAACCUGUGCAGGGACAAAAAAACACUGAACAUAUAUUCUUACCAAAAUGGCGAGACGAAUCUGUAUAAAAAAAUUGACAUUGACAUAAACAACAAUUCCAGAGAAAUUGAAUUAAAUAUAGAAUAUGACCAUUUAAAAUAUUAUAAAAUAUUUUUUAUAAAAGAAUGUCAUUACUGUAAGGGGGUUCUCACCUACACACACGACGGAAGUAUCUACAGUUUGCACAAACCCAUUGUGAACACAGAGAAAUUCUGGGAACCAAAAAUAGGUAAGAAAAAUGAUAACAACAGGGAUCCUAAAAAAUCUAUAGAUCUGCAUAACUGCGCAUAUGAAACAAUGCAAAAUCACACACUUACGAGUUUACUCCUUUUUGAUGGACCUCAUGAAGAAAUUAAUUUUUACUGUUAUAGAGGCACGAACUGUUUGCACAAAGAAAAAUUCACUUUGCUAUGGUAUCACUACACUAUAUAUGCUGAAAUUACAGAAACAGAAAGAAUCAUGAUAUCGUAUACAGAAAUUAAAACAAAUAGAAGCACUGCAUCAGGGAUAUUAUCGGGCAUAAGAAACUCUGAACUUCACCUUACAAUCUCAAAACAUAUUAUAGAUAAAAUUAAUCCAGGACCAUAUAAAAUAAUUUACUCCAGGAAAAUUGGCGAAUCCUUUAAGGAAAAUUAUAUUGGCACACUUCAUUACGUUGGUGCAUCGCGACAACUUUUUCAAAUUACCGCUCCAGACGAAACAGAAAUUACGCUUGAUGGUUAUUUUAAGAAUAUUCUCCAAGAACAAAUUACAGUAAUCAAAUAUUCAACCUGUGAUUUUUACACUUUUAUACGGGAUAAUUACGGAAGGUUAGGCAACUUGAAAAAUAUAUAUGAUAAUAUACUAGAUGAAAUUUCUAGUAAUAUUCAGGAUUGUAUUGUAUCUAGUGAAAAGAAGUUGACAUGCAAAAAUAUGAAACCGAUAAAUAAAAAAUAUUCCUUAUGUUGGUGUUACGGAGAUAGAAAAAAUUACUGUAAUCUUCUCGAAAAUGUACAGUUCUUGAUAACAGAAGUUGCUUCUUUGGACCAUUUCAUUAAGCCAAUAGUUCAAAUAAACAAGCCACCCAGUACCGUCUUUAUGAAUUUUAACACGGAGGGAUAUUUUUUCCUUGUAGAAGAUGAUUGUCUGGAUAUCAAACAUUUUCAUUUAAAAUCACAGUUAAAUAAAGAACAAGACAUUUUGAAUCUCUACAAAGAAUUGGAAUCCCCCAAAAAAUAUAAUUUAUGCGUAUGCAAAGUAACAGAGAACGUUGCAUGUGACAGUGAAAAUCACUUUAAGCCUCUGGAAUUGAAAUUUGAUCACACACUAUACGAUAAAGAAAAAUUAAAACAAGAUUUGCAAAAUUUUAAUACCAAAUUCACGGCAGUAAAGGAUUUUACUUUCAGCCCAGAGUUCAAGCAAUUACUAGAUCAAGGUGUAAUACAGGCUAUGGUUUUCCUUACAGACUUCACCGCAUACAAAGAAUACGUUUGUCUUUCAGGAAUACCAUGUGACGCAUCUAUAAAAAUGCAAACUGUGUUCAAUUCUGAAAUGAAAAAUUUUUUACAUCUCAGGGAAUUGAAAAAAAUGGAACAAAUACCUAAGGAGGAUGGCACUGCCAAGAAAGAAGAAAAUAAAGAAAUAAAGGAUGAAGAAAAAGAAGAAAAAAAAGAAGAAAAAAAAGAAGAAAAGAAAGAAGAAAAGAAAGAAGAAGUAAAAGAAGAAAAGAAAGAAGAAAAGAAAGAAAAGAAAAAAGAAGAAAAGAAAGAAAAGAAAAAAGAAGAAAAGAAAGAAAAGAAAAAAGAAGAAGAAAAAGGAGAAAAAAAGGAAGAAGAAAAAGGUGAAGAAAAAGAAGAAGAAAAAGAAGAAGAAAAAGAAGAAGAGAAUCCUCUAAUGUAUUAUUCUUCAUAUUUGAAAGCACACAUUGACACCACAGAAACAACAAUAGACACAAUUUAUUUCACAUUAAAUGACACAAAGGAGUGUAAAAAUGAGUAUAACCAAAUUUAUAAAAAAGCAAAAGGAAAAAUUAUUCGCAUUCAAGAAAUUGAUUUAACAUUACAGCAAAUUUUAGAUGUUUCCUUCGAUUUGAACAUAGAUUUUGUACCUCCAGAAGUGAACAAACCGUAUGAAAUAUGUGCAUUUCUGAGGCCCACUGACAAGUAUUACUAUAACAUUGGAAACGUUACCUUCCAUGGACUUGUUAAUGAAAGUAAAGUUGUCGAAAUAGUUUCUGGUGUUCCAUUCAAUUUGGAAUUGAAACAGAUUAACUCAAAAUAUAAUGUAAAAAUUCGCUUUGUUUAUGAACAUUAUGAAGAUUCAGAUGUAUGCAAAAAUAACCAUGGGAACAGUGAAAACAUUUUCCAUUCCGACUCAGUUCAACAACUAUUAACUCCUGAUGGAAAGGAAGAAAUAGGAGAUCAAGUUACGAUUCACAUGUGGAAAGAUCUCUUAACAAUUUUAGAUGCCGACAAUUAUAGCAUCAUGACUGCACAUAGAAACGAUGAUGGAUCCAACAAUUUACAAGUGUGCUCCUGCUACGAACUAGUAGAUGGACACUGUGAUAAUGAUUAUUACUAUUUUGCAAAUUCUAUGAAAAUUAAAGUGCAUACAGCUCUCUUGACAGAACCAAAUAUGAAUUCCAUCAUACAUUUUAUGAAACCCUUUACCCUGAAAUUAAAAACAUCCAAAGUGCUAAAUGGAUCAAUUCGAAUUUUCCCAAUUGAUAUAAUGGAAGACUUGAGUAAAUUAUGUCUAGAAAUAAAUGAGAGGGAUUAUUUUUUAACAGUUCCUGCAAAGGUAGAAGAAUAUGAGCAAACGUAUAAUGUAGUUAUUAAUUUUCCCGCUCAAGGAAUUAUCGCAUGUUGGUGCUCAAAGGUAAAAUGUGAACACGAUGACUAUUUAAACAAGGUUGCAUUCUUUAAAUUAUCAAGUCCCAGCCCUUUAGAAGUUCACACUGAUAUGAAUGGGUACUUUUCCUUUUCCUUCUUAAAUGAGUGGAUCCACGUAAAUGACAGGAUCUGGUUCGUUGCAGAAAACUUACCAUGCACAGACGAUAAAAGUGCAAACUUAUAUAAUGACAUCAUAUACAUAAAUAAUAAGAAAUACCACCUUCACUGGGAGCAGAGUAUAGAGAUCUAUGGAAAACCAAGAAAAAUCGUGAAAGAAAUAAAUGAUAAUUUCACAUGGAUUUCUAAAAUUUACAAAAUAACCAAUAUUCUAGAAAAGUACAUAAAAAUAUGCUAUUGCUUUUAUUAUUAUAACGAAAAUUGCAAAGACCAGAAAAAUUACACACAUAUCGGCUUUGUUCAUAAUCAUACCUUAAGGAAAGAACUUACUGAUGAAAAUGAACAGAUUGAUCAGACAAUAAAUAUGUAUGUACUGAAUGGAAAUUCCAUCAAAUUCGUCCCCAUGAAUUCCUACAAUGAUAGUAAUAGAGAUAUUUGCAAUACUGGGAGAAACCAAAGUAACAGCAUAAUCCCUAUUUUUAAAAAUACCGCUCUCAACUACAUUAAUUUCAAACUGAGAAUAUUAAACAUUUUUAAAAAGCACUACAAAAAUGAAAUAAACUUCGUUGUAUGCUACAGUUCCUACUACUACGGGUAUAAGAACACCUACCUCUUAAGAAAAGUAGAAUAUAGUGAACUGUCCCGUGCGCCAAAUCCUACCACUCAUAAUUACAUGCUUGAACAAGGAGGAAUUACAUCUGAGUCCAGCCAGAAUUUGAGACCAAGAAGAGCAAAUAGGGAAAAAAUAGAGAACCUACUCAAAUCAUACUCGAAAAGAAAACCGAGGAAAACGUUUUUUUACAACUACUUUAUGGAAGAAGCACUCUUCAGCCAAAGGGAUGCCUUACCCACAGGAUUUAGUAGUGAUAUCAUGGGUUAUAAGACAGACGAGGAAAAUGGCCCGGACGAUGAGGAUGAUGAAAAUGAUAAAGAAAAUGAUGAUGAAAUAAACAGGCUUAUGGACGAAGAGAUGAAGAAGAAAAAAGAGGAGAUGGAUAAAGAGGCAAAGAAAAAAGCGAAGAAGAAAAAAGAGGAGAUGGAUAAGGCGGAGAAGGGUGGUGAGGCUAAGGAUGACAAACAUAAAGGUGUAAGGGAUAUGGAUGACAAGCAGAACAAUAACUACAAGCAUAAUGAAGAAGGCGAUAAGUUUAUAGGCUACGGAGAGGACAAGUAUAUGCAAGGGGAAGACGACCAAAAUGACGACGACGGUUCACAAGGGGCAAAGCACAUUUUUCUCUAUAUAACUAAAGCGAUAAGGAAAAAAAUGAAAAUUUCUUUAUCCAAGUUUUAUGAAGGCAUAAAGUUGGACGAUAAAGAAAUUAUGUACUACAAACGAAAAGGCGGGGCAACAGUUAACUACAUUCUAGAUAGCAUAGUUUUAAGAAAUAAUUUAUCAAUCGUUGCAUGUUGCUAUGAAGGAGAUUAUGUGGAAUCAAUACCUAUCACGGAAGGAAAUUAUUAUGUCAGAAAAUACCCUACGGUGUAUUUACUAUAUAAGGCAUUAAAAAUAUAUUUUGGUAAAGUAGAUGAAAACAUCACAGGAAAUAAUACACUCCUACAACAUCUGCCUAAUACGUAUGAUGGAUAUCACCAGUACAAUUAUUUAAGGAUAGAAAAUUUGAACGAAAGGGGAUUCUAUAAAAAUCAAACCCUAGCACAGUUAAAAGACACCGAAUUUGAGUUAAAAAUACAUGGACAAAAUAUCCCCCCUCAUGAAUACACACUAUAUAUUGUCGAAUUUGAUAACAAUUGUUACAGACUAAAUAAAAAUGGCUACCACGUAGAAAAUAAUAAAUAUACUAUACAAAGUAAUUAUAUCAUUUUUAAAAAUGUCAUUGUUAGGAAACGGAAUACUUACAAAUUGUGCAUUCUGGAUAAGACACAAGACACGUACAACGAUGUAGGUAUUUUAAACAUUAACAAUUAUUAUGUAAAACUUGAAUCAUUCUUUGAUGAAAAUUUCAUAUCUUCUAAUCUUAAAAAAAUGAAUAUUAUACUAAACGUAUGUGUGAAUAAUAAAUCUUAUGAUGCCUAUGUUAUAAAAAGAAAGGGCAGUUUUAAAAUCCCCCUUGAUAUGCAAAAAUUAGCAUUUUCCGGAAAAGGUCAACCGCUGGAUGAAUUUUUCACAGGGAUACAAAACCAUCAGUUAAUAUCUUGUAAGAGCAAAGAACACGGAACUAUCAUUUUGACAAAGACACAUCUAUUCUUCUACGCACUUGUUACAAAACUUUCCUUCUCAACGGAUCACAAUUUGCCAUUCCCAGUUGAUGUAGAUUUUGAUGAACGUUAUAUCUAUGUAACCGACUUAAAUCUGAGAAGAAUUGCGCGCUUUCAAAUUUUCUCUCAAGGGAAUGCUAUUAAUAUUAUCAACAAAGGUAAACGGAAAAGAAGUAUUCAAGACAAAGAUUUAAGAACCUACAAAAGAAACACCCCCAUCAUUGAACAAGGAAGGACUGAUAAAAAGAUCAAUGUUUAUUACCCAAAGGAGGGUCGAAAUUUCUACAACACAGAUUUGGUUCGUGAUGCCAUCCAUGGUGAUAUUUACAGUGAUGAUGCGAAAAUUUUCAAAACUACAUUACUAACGAAUAAAGAGGCACCUAAAAGUGAUGCUACGGUGCUAACAAAAAGGGGUAUACGGAGCGGAGAUUCCUAUGCCGAGAAGGAUCAUCAAAAUUUAUUACAUUUUCCUACGUUAGGGAGGGAUAUGAGGAGUGAAAAAGAAAAAAUCUCUCGCCUCCGAAGGGCAGAAGAAAGUGUUUUCCACAGUGAACAACGUACGAAGCAGAUAAAAUUAGAUGACAAUCCCAUUGUCGAUGCUUCGAAAAAAAAAAACCUACUGGUAGAAAAUAAGGAUGAAAAUACGUUCGUCAAAAAUGUGAAAGAUUUGUACAGCUAUCUGCUAUCUAUGGGAAGCAAAAACGGAUUGACCAACUACUUCUAUGGAUUACUUGGCCCAGAAAAAUUUUCAAAGAAGAAAAACUUCAUGUCCAGCUUUCUCGAUUUUUUCAAAAGUGAGAAGAAAACAAAUCGUUCUAGCGGAAAUGAAAACGAAAUUCACCGUCAGAUAGUACCUUCCAGCAUGUCUGCAAGAGCAAAGAAAAAUGUCAUCCGACGAGUUAGACGCAGUACCGUUGGCAGAAAAAAAAGAGAUGCUACUAAAUCUGUGAACCAUUCAGUUUACGACGAAGCGAUCGAAAGGAAUAUUAAAAAUCUAAUAACUGUGGUGCAAAGUAACAAUUAUUUAACAAACAAAAUGGACCACCUGGAUCUGAAAGGAUAUCAAAAUCCGUUAUUCAUUAGCAUACAAGAUGAUAAACUCUUCAUAUUGGAUUCUACAGAAAAUAAUUUUUUCAGCUACAAUUUGAAAAGUAAAGAAAUCAUACAAUUAGAACAGUAUAGCGCUACAGAGCAUAAGUUCUCUUUAAAGAACCCAUUACAUUUUUCCAUAUAUCAAGGAGAGAAAACUGAACACACCCUACAUAGAACCAAUGUGGCAUUCGUAACACAAAUACGAAGUAACGAAAUUAAAAUUAUCGAUUUGAGCAAAAGUAAAUAUAGAAUAGUCAAAGCGAUAAGGUUGGAGAAAGGAUACAGACAUAAUGGAGUCAGUAAGGUCAUAGCAAUAGAUCAGAACUUACUAAUAAUUACAUCUCAUAUAAAUGCAGAAAAUAUUAUUUAUCAUUAUCAUUUCAAUUCAUUUGACCAAUACUUUAGAAUUUCCUUUGAAUACACUUUUGCAAAAAAUUAUAACUCAAAUGAUUAUUUAAAUGUUGCACCAGAAAUAGAUAUAUACAGCGAUUCACUCAUCUUCUUCUGCUUUCUAAACUCUAACGAUCAAUGCACAAAUGUGGACCCAUUGACAAAAUUAGAAAUAUCAAGUGAAACAGGAAUAAUAACUGGGAAAUUAAAACACUUUGGAUAUUUCCAAUUAAAAAUUUUUGCUAAAACGCAUUUUCAACACCAAGUGAAGUUAUAUAAAGAUUUAUAUUCCUACUGUGACGUAGGGAAACAGUUUAACUACAAAAAUCAAACUUGUGAAAGUUGUCCUAUUGGAACCUUUUGGGAUAGCGUAGAAUUAAAAUGUGAGAGCUGCAAGAAGCAUUUUAAAAACACCUCUACCCGAAAAAGUGGCUCGAAGUUAAUAACAGAUUGUCUUUGUUCAGCUGGAUAUGAAUAUUCAGAAAAAACUGCGAGCUGUGAACAGUGUAAGCCUGGUUAUUAUAAAAAAUCCGCUGGAAAUUUUAUAUGUAUCAAGGGAUGCCCCAUUAACAGAAGGAGUACUAUCUACGGAGCUACGAGUUACAACGAAAUGAAUUGCAAAUGUAUUCAAGGCUAUUACGAACAUAAUGGAAAAUGUGUUUUAUGUCUAAAAAAUUACUACUGCCCUGGAAACAAUCAACUCAUCCCAUGUCACAAGAAUAAAAUGUCCCCAGAAGGAGUUACAUCUGCAGAUGACUGUGUAUGUAAGGAAAAUUUUAUCUACAAUGAGAAUAAUCAAUCGUGUACAUACUGCACUUCUGUUGGUAAAGUAAAAGACCAAGUUAUCUACUGCUCCCUGUGUGAUCCGAAAUAUUUAGAUACGAAUAUUUUUGCAAUACCAAAUAAUCACAACUACGGUUUGGUGAACAAUAUUUACAAUUAUGAUGAGGACCUGCUCCUACAAGAUAAAAUAUUGCAGUAUUCCUAUUUUAAUAAGAAUGGCCCUAAGGUUGGUCGCGCAAUUGACCGCGCAGAUGACUGCGCAAAUGACCGCGCAAAUGGCUGCGCAAUUGACCGCACCAACUUUGGAACUCUUAACAUUAACAGAGAACUCGUUCUAGGUAACAAUGAGGACGAGCCGGAAAGGGAAACGCUUGCAAUAGAAGUAGACAUGCCCAAACCGAGCAAGUGCGUAUUUUGCGAAAGUGGGUACUUUAUGGAUCCCAAAAAGGAAAGGUGUAUACCCUGUAGUAACAAAUAUUGUGAAGGGUUUGCCAAAUAUCAGAAAGGCUGCCCCAUCAACUCCAUUGUGAGCGGGACAAUGGCCUCUUCCAUUUUUGAUUGCAAAUGCAAAAUAGGAUAUGGUUCCAUAAAUGAAAGAAGAAGCGCAUUUAACAAGAAACUCAGUUGUAAAUUAUGCCCUAAAAAUUUCUUUAAUCAUAAGUUGUCAGAGCAAUACUGUCUUCCCUGUCCACAGAACACCUACACACUAGCAGAAGGAUCCACGUCCAUCCUGAACUGCCUCCCAGAGGAUGGCUACUUCCUUCUCAUGUUCAAGGGCAUAACCAUAGAAUACAUGAGGUAUAAAUUCGACAUUAACUCUGAAAACAGAAUUUAUAGUUAUUUCCACGAUAGUGUGAAAAGCUUCGACCAAGAUGUGUAUGAUUUAUUUUGGGAACAAAAUUUUCAACAAAUUUUCAACGAUGUGGACAACAACCCAGAAAGGAAGGGACACCAAAAUAACCAAGCACCGCUUCCUCCAGAUGAAAAAAACAACGCACAAAAUAACAUGUACAAACUGAAACACUUGAAAAAACUGGGGUUUCUGAAAAGAACAUCCCUGUUUUACAUAUAUACCGUACUGCUGAAAAACAUUGAAGAAAAUUACGUGUGGGAAUCUGAUAAAAUGCUGAAGGUUACGUGUCAUGUGAAUCUACACCUGAAAAGCAGCCCCAACUUUACUGUGUCGUAUAAACCCAAUUUAAAAUCCUGCGUAGACAGCUGCAAAAUGAAUAUCUACUGCACAGGGGUAGAAUUCUCAAGGAAAAAGGUAGAAUACACACAAAUAUUUUUAAAAAACAAUCAGAAAAUAAUUCUUGGAUAUUUUAAAUGUAAGCAAUAUUCUUUCGAAAGUAUAUAUGAUUAUACUUCCUCCGAUGUCGACAAUUUUUGGGAUGAAAAUAUCGAAAAUGCGGUUGUGUCAAAAACUCCUUUAGCUUAUACAGACUUUAUAUUAAGAAAUAAAAACAACAUCAUUUUUACAUGUUCUAUCGAUAGAGAUAAAAAAUUUUUACUGUAUAAGAAAUAUCAAGUGGCUGGAUGCUUUAUGGGGAAAUUCUGUCCAGGCAAUUACACCCCUUACUUGAUAUCUUGUCCAGAUAACUCAAAAACAGUAGUUACCCUAGCCAAGCAUGUGGAUAAAUGCCUAUGCAUAGAAGGGUACUCCUAUGUCGGAAUUGCGACGCUUAGAUGUGCAGUAUGCGAUAGAGGGACCUUUAAAAAUAACGUAGGAAAUAUUAAGUGCGAAAAUUGCCCUCUAACCUUUUCAACAGUAAAUAUAGGAUCCACCAGUAUUAAUCAUUGUUCCUGUACUCCAGGAAAUUAUUUCACCUUUGAUACGUUGCAAAAUUUUAUCAAUUCGGAAAAAAUUAACUACAAAAAUAUUAUUGAUCAAUAUUUUAUUGUCCCAAAAAAGAAACAAACUGAUGUAUAUUACACGACGGAAAUUGUGAAAAUCAGCUUGAAUAAUCUAAACAGAAUAGAAGUUAAUGAAGGAACCAAUCAAACCUUAAAGCGUGAGAUAGCUGUAUGUAAGCCAUGCUCUCUCGAUAAUCAUUACUGCGAAGGAGGAAUCGAAUCCGAUAUCACAUUCAACAAUAGACAUUUCCAAGGACAAUUUCAUACACUGCCAAAAAAAUGCCCCAAUGAUUUAGUCAUUCCUAAAGGAAUAAUGCAGAGAAGCUCAAUAAAAAACUGCAUAUGUAUUCAUGGAAAAUUUUUAAGAACAUCAAAAGAUAAACAAGUAGAAUGUAUCCCAUGCCCUCCAAACACAUUCAAGGAAAGCGAAUAUGAUAACAGCUGCUCUGGUGUCUGUCCACACUUCUCCACAACGUUUGUAGGUUCCUCAUACGAAAACCAAUGUUUCUGUAAAAACAAUUAUUACUUGGUUACCACAGAAGAUAAAAAUGGCUGGGUAUACACUACUAGCACCCCCAAAAGUGGCAAAGGCACCAAAAGUUGCAAACCGUGCCCCACAGGAGCCCUAUGUAACAGAGGCUUCAAUAUUAACCUCUUUAUUCAUCUGUUGAAAAACAGGGAAUAUAAUAAUAUAAACAUUUUAGACCAUGAAAAUCCAUAUCCACUAUACGGAAAUUAUGCAGUCUAUAAGGAAAAACACCCAAUCAGUGAUUGGGACCCUCUACAGGAUAAUGAUGAGUUAAAAUAUUCGUACCCUUAUUACAACUUACUUUUGUUUAUUUCAAAAAAUGUGGAGAGCAGGAAUUAUUUCUUCUUCAAGAAGAGCCCAAAACUGUAUCUAAAUAUGGACUUCAUAGAAGCCUUAAAAAAAAAGAAGGAGAAUAAGAAUGAAACAAGCCCUGUUAGAACGGGAGAAGCUCCUAAUUUUCUAUUGCACCGGAAAAAUGGAACCUCCUCUUUGAACUACAACCAGAACAAUGGAAAAGCUGUAAAAAUUUCAAACGAUGUGAUCUCAAACAAUCAUAUGAAUGCCAUUUCUACCUACUUCAAGGAAAUUGUGCCGACUAUCCUACUAGUUAAACCAGAACCCAAACCAAUUUCCCCCCUUCAACAAAGUAACGAAAUGAAAUAUUCCUUCGAAGAAAUGUUCAAUAAAUAUGUAGAAGAAGCAAACGAAUUGAGAAUAAAAAAUAACAAAUUUGAAAGAUUGCCAGACAUUCAUGCUUGUACAAUACCUGAUAGAUGUCUAGGAACAAUAUCCAACAUGUGCCAGGAAGGAUCCACAGGAUAUCAAUGCAAUAAUUGCCAAAAGGGCUACGACAUGAGUUACUUCAAGUCCAAGUGCCACAGAUGUAAAAAUUUUUUCAACGAAAUAUUACUUAUCAUAUUAUUAAAAAUGAUUUAUUAUGUAAUUAUUAUUCUUAUCGUUUCACUCAACUAUAAUAGUUGUUUCAACAAAUUGUACAUAAGUGGUAUUCUCAUGAAAAUUUGGUUUAAUGGCUCCUUUACCCUUGUGGCAUAUGGAUUCUUUUCACCCACAGCCAAUUUAUUUAUUACCAAAUAUUGGCACAUAUACAAAAGCGUGUUUCUCUUCCAUUUGAAAAUGUUCUCCUAUUACUUGAGGGUUGGCUGCUUUUUCAACUUGUAUAAUACAAGUGUGCACUACAACGAAAUCUGGUACAUCCAGAAGUACGUCAAUAUCUUUACGCCCCUCUUCGAUGCCCUUUCUAUAACGCUCAUCAUGUUUUUUAUCCUUCACCUGUACAAAUUCAUCUGCAAAAAGAAGAUACAAAAUUUUGAGUACAUUUUGUCCACAAUUCCUCAGCUGAAGGUGAAAUACCAUUUGGACUUCCUAACGAAUAACCCAGACGGAAAAGAAUUUCCGAAAAAGGGGAAGAAGUCUAAAAUUUAUGUGUGUAAUAAAAAGAAGGAAGACGAUCAAGAUUCCUGUAACAAUUCCUCAUUAUCUCAAGACUUGGAAAAAAAUGGAAUAAGUGAUAAGGAAAACGUGCUGAAACCAAAUGACCAAUUCACCCCGAUUGGUAGAAACGCUCCAUAUGUUCCUAAUCUGACGAACAGAAAAAAUGUCCAAGUGUUUUGUGAAGACAAUAUCCUCCAAAAUGCAUAUGGAGACAAUCAGAAUGACGAAGAAACAAAGUACGAAUUGAAAUAUUUAAAAAAUGACGACAAAAUGUACGACAUUUUUCUAAACGAAACGGUUGAGUAUAUUUAUAAUAAAAAGAUUUUUGGACCCUGGCGAUUUAUGCAUAAAAGAAACGAAAAGUUAACAAGGAGACUCCUCACAUUUUUACACGACACUUUCCCCUGUUACAUUCUCCUGAUGGUGUUAUCAUCACCCUACAUACUUAUGGAAGGGAUUCAACUGGCAUUCUGCAAACCGAUAAGAUACAAGACCCAAGAAUCAGAACUAUACUUAUCCUAUUUGACCACGCAAAAGUGCACCCUCUCUGAUAAUUCCUUCUUUACAGGAAUUUUGGUAUUUAUCCUGGCCUUAUUUGUCUAUGUUGGCAUUUUCACGCUAUUGAUAAUUAUAUAUUGGAAGCGCAAUAAGUAUAAAUUUUUUGAUAUUCUACUGUCUAAUUUAUUAGCAGGGUAUAAAGGAGGCAUGGAAAUCUUCGAAUUUAUAUUUAUACUGAAAAAUAUCAUUUUGGCAUUAAUAGUAACAUUCAGUAUACACUACGAUUUUUAUUAUGUCAUCCUAAUCACAGUAAUAUUAACACCGUUCUCCAUUCUGGAGAUUUAUUCCACCCCAUUUGAUGGAAGAUCCUUCAACAUUCUCAACAUAUCUUUGCGCAUUGGCAAUGUCUUAAACAUUUUCGUUGCCUUAACAAUUUGGGGAAGCUUCUACUGGAAUUAUGACAACUUUUUCUUUAUCCCAAUUUUUAUUAUCCUCUUUUACCACCUCUACAUGCUCCACAAGGUCAUCCGAGAAAUUAUGCUCUCCAGACAUACCAUCCAUACGGAAAAUUUUAUAAAUAUAAAAACAGACAUGUAUGGAGAAAAUAACAUUAAGGAUAAUAACUAUAAACUGUACUACAGACUUAUGAAUAAAGUGAAAUUUUUCUUAAAUAAAAAUCAAAAGAGAAAUAUAUCUAAAGAGAAUGCAAAUUAUGAUGGUCCAAGUAAAACCAACAGAAUGUCUAAGGAAAAUAUAAAAUUUGAACCCAUAGAGAAUAUCAUAAAAAGGUAUAACAUCAAUUUGAAGGAAGAUAUAUCCAAAGCACAUAGUGUAAAUAAUAAUGAGCAAGUGAAAAUGAAGAAAAAGGAAACCUUCUGCAUCAAGAAAAAUCGCCUACCCGUAAAUAUUCACAACGUUGCGCUCAUAUGGUAUGAUGAACAAAAUGAAGAUCUGCUAUUUCAAAUGCCUUUUGAAAACAAAUUUUGCCUAGACUUAAAUGGGGAUAAUGCUAAAAAUAACAAGAACAAAUUCAUUUCCUUCUUUCCAAAAUAUGCAAGAGAUAAACGAAGGAAAAAAAAUAUUAAAUAUUUUGUAUCAGCCAUAAUGGAAAUUAUCGACAAGUUCUUGUGCGCAUCUAAGAUAGGUUCGAUUUACGAAAAUUGGUUCGACUUUUCCAUGAGGUUUGCUUUUGUCUACAUAUCAUGGAUUAAAAAAAUUAAUAAAACUAAUGUUGUCCUUCCACACAACAUGGAUCAGUUAAAAAUGAAUAUAGACCAAUACGUCUUCUUUCCUCUAUUUUAUAAAUGCGAAUUAAUCAAUCAGGAAAGAAGAAAAGUCACAGUUUCUCCGAAUAUCCACGGAGAACAAUCUGUAAACAGUGCGCCCAUCGAAGCGCUGGAAAAGAAACACAGCUUUGAGAACACAGAAAUAAAAAUUAGUCGCAGCUAUGGAUCGUAUAACCAUAUGGGAAGCCUAAAAAAUAGAAAACACGGACAGGACAGAAAUAACCAAGCCAUGAAUGAGAACUAUUCGGAUGAUGCGCCAUCUGAUAAAGAUACAUCCUCAAAGGGAAAAAAUGAAACCAGGAAAAGCAGUGAGGAGCAAGCAAAAAUGGGCGUUCUAAGUUAUCUUAAAAAAAAAGAGAGAAAAAAAAAAAAGGCUCAAGAAAAAUUAAAAAAAAAAUCGAUCAAAAUGGAUAACCCGGACAUAUCCAAGCACAUGAACCAAAAGGACCAUUCGUCGUACAAAUUUGAAAACAUUUUCAACCACUCCAUCGAUAUUUUUUCUUCAGAAAUGUUUAAUGAAAGCUCAUUCGACAUGCUCAUCUCCCUAUUCGAAUUGUACAUAGCUAUGAAAACCUUAAAAUCACUGGAUAUGCAAAGUUUUACAAAAUUGUAUCAACUUUAUAACAAAAAAUUCAUACGAUUUGAAAAAAGUCUUGUCUUCUAUAUAAAUAAACUGAAGGAUGAAAUAAAACUAGAAACAGAAGAAAUCGAUAAUGAAACUAAGACAGGCGAUACUGCAGAAAAAAUGAGAGUGAAAAAUUAUUACUUCUAUAAGGAAGAAUUAAAUAAAAGAAAAAAACUUGAGCGAGAAUUAAUGUCCAAAAUUGAAUGCCUACAAGACUGUAUAGACGUAAACGAAAAAUCACAGUCGUUAAGAAAUAUAUUGAAGAAUUCUCGGAAUACAAUACCAUCCGAUGGAAAGGUGGAUGAAGAUAUUCAUUACAUCUUCUCCGUUUUACAAAAUGAAGGCACUUACAAAUUGGAUCAUUCGAAGACGAAGAAAGUAAAUGAUUGA